UGACUCUCCAUCCUCUACUCCAGUCUAUAAUGAACUAUAACGGUGGGGCCGUCAUGGCCAUGCGGGGGAAGAACUGUGUGGCGAUAGCUGCAGACCGGCGGUACGGCAUUCAGGCUCAGAUGGUCACCACAGACUUCCAGAAGGUCUUCCCCAUGGGAGAUAGACUCUACAUCGGGCUGGCUGGUCUGGCUACUGAUGUCCAGACAGUAGCACAGAGGCUUAAAUUCAGACUGAACCUGUAUGAGCUGAAGGAAGGUCGUCAGAUCAAGCCAAAAACCUUCAUGAGUAUGGUGUCCAAUCUGCUGUAUGAAAGGAGGUUCGGACCGUACUACAUUGAGCCAGUGAUCGCAGGACUAGAUCCCAAAACCCUUGAACCGUUCAUCUGCUCCUUGGAUCUGAUUGGCUGCCCCAUGGUAACAGAAGACUUUGUAGUGAGCGGCACCUGCUCGGAGCAGAUGUACGGCAUGUGCGAGUCGUUGUGGGAGCCGGACAUGGAACCAGAGGACCUGUUUGAGACCAUCUCCCAGGCGAUGCUGAACGCAGUGGAUCGGGAUGCUGUGUCCGGUAUGGGAGUCGUCGUACAUGUCGUAGAGAAAGACAAGAUCACCACACGAACCCUGAAGGCCAGGAUGGAUUAGAGCAUUUGUUUCUCUCUCUACACUUCCUUUCUGCAGUUGUUUGUAUAAAAAUGAUUCAAAUAGACCUGUUCUGUUUUCUUACUCAUCUCUUCAAUAAAAAAAAGGGUUUAAAUAAUAAA